GACGCGCUGCUCCGGCGUCUCGGGCCCAACGCGCACCCCUUCUGCAUGGAGAUGACCCCCCUGGCGCCGCCCUCCGUGCAGCUCGUCCCCGCCAAGGAGUACACCGGGGCGCCUAUCGGCACCAGCUACGACGUGCGCGCCUACGUCGCCGAGCGGCCCGAGGAGAAGGUCAACCGCCGGAGCAUGGUGCGCAUGGGCAUCCGGGUGCUGCACAUGGCGCCCGGCAUGCCGCACCCGAGCCCCGCGCCGCCCCCGGCGCCCGUGCUCGCGCCCGCGCCGCAGCGGCCGCCGCACGCCGCCGUGGACAAGCCCUUCCUGCUGAGCGACGGCAAGGUGGAGCUGGAGGCGUCCCUCAACAAGGCCGUGUACAACCACGGCGAGACCGUCAUGGUCAACGUGGCCGUCCACAACAACAGCAGUCGCAGCGUCCGCCGCAUCAAGGUGUUUGUCGUGCAACACGUGGACGUGUGCAUGUUCUCCAACGGCAAGUUCAAGAACGUGGUGGCGCUCAUCAACUCGCGGGACCAGUGUCCGCUGGGGCCCGGGGGCGCCAUCAACCGCGCGUACGCGCUCAGCCCGGAGAAGGGCACCACCAAGAACUGGAUCGCGCUCGAGGACUCGUUCGCGCGGGGCGGCGCGCCGCUCGCCUCCACCGUCACCUGCGCCUCCAACUCGCCCGACGACCGCAACGUCUUUGCCAUCUACGUGUCGUACUACGUCAAGGUGAAGCUUCUGGUGGGUGCCAUGGGGGGCGAGCUCUCCGUCAAGCUGCCGUUCACGCUGAUGCACUCGUCCUACGACUCGGACCUGCCCUGUCUCAGCAGCGUGCCCUGCUGCACCGACGGCAGCAAGGCGCUGAACGGCGGCACCGAUACCGGCGAGCAGGCCGAGAACGGCGGCACCAGCUCCAGGAGGACGUCCUCCGUGAACACGAGGCGGCUCCUCCAGCAACAGCAGCAGCAGGGUGACCAGACGGCGCAGCAGCAGCGGCGGCCGUCCGAGGACGGCCAGGGCUCCGGCCCGGGCGGCAAGGCCAAGAUGGCCCAGCAGAUGAGGGACGCCGACGUCAUCAUGACGUGCGACGACGAGGGCGGCCCCACCCCGGGCGCCGCGCCCGCCGCCCCCGCCGCGUCGGCCGCGCCCCAGGCCGCCCAGGGCCUCGCAGCCACAUGAGGGUCGGGGAGCGGGGGCGGCGGCGGAGGGUCGCCGCGCCUGCACCCGCGGGACGCCGCCGCCCCCGCCUCCCCCGCCAAGACCCCCAAGCACAAGGACAAGGACGGCGGCGACAACCGGCUGCACCAGAUGCAGCGCGCGUUGUGCUGCUUCGCCCGGCGCUGCUCGCCGCCGAAGCAGUGACCACAGUGUGACCAUCCGGUGACCAUCACAUGAUCACCCGGUGGCCGUCGUACGACCACCCGGUGACCAUCGCAUGACCACCGGGUGACCGACGGGACGCUCGAGGGCAAAGACUGAACGAUGAUGCCCGAGUGCAUCGCUUGGCUGAGUGCAUCUGCUCGGCCUUAUAAACUUCUAACUUACGGCUCCGGCCGGGACCAGACUGUGCAAUGUGAAGUAAUACGACAGCGGAACGUUGUUUGUUUCUUUUUUUUCGGUGAGAUGUGAAGACAUCGAAUGAGGACCAGUGAACGCCAACAUAGAUAUACAUUUUUCAUUCCCCCUUCUGUUUAUUAUAAAUUCGUGGUGGGGGCGACGACGGACCGCGCAGGGCAGAGGAGACCCCAGGAGACCGAGGAGACCCCUCCUCCCCUCGCUGCUCGCCGUUAGCGAUCAGGCCUAUAGCCGUUGCCCCCGCCCCCUUGUUUGAGUGUGUGCGUGUGAAUGUCUUUUGUAAGCAAUGGAAUGUCAGGCGAGAGUCUAUUUAGCAAUAACGCUUGCGGCGCGCGCGCAAACGCGUUGUCGGUCAUCCCGAUGAGAAAAGGGGAAGUAGAUCAGCUGAUGUGGGCGACCAUCGCGGCGGGGCCGGGCGCGGCCGAGGGAUGCACCCCCAGCCACCGGAAGUCCCUCCUCCCCUUCUCGACACACCCACCGGUCCGGCACACACCGUCUUCGCACCUGCGCGAGGCGUGUGCGGAGAGUGGCGGUCCUCGGCGAGGUCCCUUCCGGCGGCAACUUCCGCAAACGAUGGAAGUUGCUUCCUUUGCCCUCCGCCACUCACGCUGGAUUGCCCGGGAUGACCUGCCCCACCCCCCCAACCCCCAUGGUCCAAACUUGACGCCACGGCCAAGAUGGAGUCUGUCAAACUUCCUUCUUCCCCCGACCCACAACGAAAAGUCCCGCUCCUCCAUCCUCUCCGGGGCCUAAGGGGCCUACCAACCACCGCGCCUACGGGCCUACGGGCCUCACAUCCACAAGGGGGAGAGGCGCAAUUCGACGCGUAGAGGGGAGGGAGGGAGGGGGGAGAGAAAGGGAGAGAAAUUCCUCCGUGUUGCGGAGCUCUCCGCGUCCACUUGUGAUGCCGGUUCCACUGGAGCGGCACGAGGGGCGGCCCGGGGAGAGAGAGCCAGGGACAAAAGGAAAGAGGGGGGAGGGGGUGAGGGACGGCCGAGCCCCACUCAUGCCCUUCAAGAGCACGGGGCCGACCACGGCCGCAAUGGUUGCCAAACAACAGCAGAUACAUACUCAUUACUACAGGAUUUUUGUACUAUGAAGUUUUAUAAACUCGUAGAUCUGUAAACUUUACUCUCCACGUCGUUUUCCCCUCCUACUCCUUUACUAUCGUCUUAUUAAAAGACUAUCCGACUAUCCGAGACAAACGGUUCUAAACUUUUCCCGGCAGCACUCCUUUCAGUCGCAUCGGGGCGCAGCCACCAGGAAAUCAGAAGACGCCCUUGUGUCAAAAUUAAUGUAUCAGCAUGGUGAUGAUGUACGCCAUCAUGCUUUCGUGAAGACGUGACAUGCGACACGUGAAACGGGCCACGGUGAGUGGCGCGAAUUUCAGCGUAUAACAUAUCAAUGUAUUUUAAUAAUGUCGGAUGAAUAAAUUCCAAGUUCGUACCAGAG